CCUUAUUUGGCAAUGAGGGGUUGGCUUUAGCUAACUGGUGUGGAAAAUGGUGGAAAGCAGAAUCAGACAGCGGCUGUAGACGGACGGGAUACAAACAGUUUUAUCUCUGAGUCAAUCAGUGUGGAAGUAGACUUGCAGUUAUGGCUGAUGCUCAACAAAUCAAGAAAACUGCAGCCAAAGUCCUGUGCUGCGUGGAGAAGGUGUCCUCCUUCGCCUCCUCCAUUGACCCCAUCUUUGGCAUUGUCUCCUCUCUGGUUGGUGUGGCAAGAAAGGGCCUGGCGGAUGAUGAGAGCCACGCCUUGGACAAAGACUUCCAGGCUAUCCACACCAAACUGGAGAGCAUCUCUGAGAAAAACAAACAAUGCCUGAGCCAGAUCCGCAUCGCCGAGGUAAACGAAACAUACGGGAAGUAUGAGGAGUACAUCAAGCACCAGUACACUGCCUUCAACAGCAUGGUGGCCCAGGUGAAGAAAGACCCAGACAAUGCCCAGAGGUACAUGGAGAACUUUGAAAAGAUUUACGAGAGAGACAAGUCAGAUUUGGGCCUGGAUGUGUUUUAUCGUGGUGUGAUGGGCGUAAAAACGGUGUUUGGAAGAGCUCUGCUGGAUGUGUACUUUGAUGACUGCAAGGAAAACAAAGUGCCACUCCAUGAAACCAUGGAGCGCCACUGCUCUCAUAUCGCGCACCUCUUCCACAUGGGCCUCAUCGCGCUGAUGGGGUACACUGCCGUCACUGAGGAUGAUGAAGACGAGGUGCGCGAAAAGUGGGCCAAGAGGGUGUCUGAGAUCCAGAUGAAGAUGGAAGACAUUCUCCAACGGUGUAAAAGCAACUCGACCUGAACCAAGACCAAGAAAGAAAGGAUGUUCUCUGGGUUUGCUGCCAGAGGACAUCCUGGCAGCAAUCCCAGACUGUAAUCUAAGCAGGAAAAAUAAUUAGUUAUGUAAUAUUUAAAAAGAAAUAUACACUUGUAGAAAAACCAAAGCCAUGUAACAUGUCCGCAUGGGUGCUGCAGCUGCUUCGGUGUGGUUAGUAUCGACUCAGUUUAUGACUCUAUGCUGCUUUGUGUCGCAUCUCAAUAAAUGCUGAAGUUUUAUACAAUCUGUUCAACUAAAUGAAUAAAUUAUUGUUGAAGUUGUUCCAUA